AUGGCGGGGCCCGCGGCCUCCCGGGAGCUGCUGGACCUGCGGCGACGGCCAGGGCUGGAAGACAUUUUGCUGAUUAAUUCAAAAUGUAGCAGCAAGAAGGCCACAACUUUACAGACGGUUAAGGUGCCAAGGAGCAGUGUUUUGGACCGAGUACAGAGCUUUUUACCACAGAUGGCCCAGGCAAAUGAUGAGCUCAAAAGAAAAAUGGUGACAACACCUGCUCAUCAGUUUGAUAUUGAACAUCUAGACAGUGAAACAGAAAAAGUUAUAGAAAUGAAUGUGGCUGUGGUUGAACUGAGUGAUUCUGAUACAGAUGAAGAGUUGCUGACUUCAGAAGAUGACUCAGAAUCUGAGGAAGAUGACUCUGUAACUGAUGAAGUGACAGUAGACAACAUUAAGUUUCCUAAACAAAAGGGAGAAAAGGGCAAAAUAGAAAUUUUGGACAGCAAAGCAAACGAGUAAAUCCAUUUUAUUUUACUUUAAGAAAUGCCAAACCAACCAAAUAACAUUUUCUCACUUUGAAGAGUUGGCCCUUAAAACCGCUUUGUUUCCCAGUGUAGCAUCUCUCAGGUUCCUGUGAAAUGCUAAGUUUACAUGGUGUAGAGUUCAACUCAUGACUGGGGAAGGCUGAAUUUCUGAAGAAUUAAGUGUGAUUUGAUCCAUCAAGUAACAGGGAAAUGCACUUGAUAGUAGAUUACACCAAGAAAACAGCUAGGGUAAGGGGCACUUGAAAGUUAAAAAUUCUUGUUCUGUUGCUUUGUUGAAGAAAGACUUUUUUUUUAUAGGAAGACAAAAUUUUUUGCUUCAUGGGCAAGAAAGAAUGAAUGAAGAAAAAAAGCUUUGUUUUUCUAUUCCAUAUCCUGUGAAGUGUUAUGUACACUCUCUCCAAUAUUAAACAUGAUCUUUAAUGCCUCAGAGGUAUGUCUACAUUGCAUUCAUGGUGGUGACUGCCAAACACCAGAGCUGUGGCUGAGCAAGCCCAUUUCUAGCUGAGCCAGCCUGGGUAAGGACAGCCAUGAGCAGAGAGUUCAGCAAAGGGUUACUUACCCUUUGUGACUGUGGUGUAAACACCUUUCAUACUCAAAGGAUUGAGGCUGCCUCUGGGGUGUUAUGAUAGCUUUAAGCUAUGCUUUUCAUCCCCCAGUUUCCCUGCCACAUUUCCAGUCUCCAUUUUGUUAACUGUCACUGAAGGAUGAAAAGGUGAAAUUUCAACUUGUACCUAAGUUGGCUUGACACGAUUGUGAAACCAGAAGCAGUGGAAGUGUGUCCCAUUCAUACUUACCUCAUAUUGAUCAAAUACAAUGGUUUGGGCUAUUACAUUUGCUUCAUAGAUCAAUUUGCAUUUCAGAAGUAUCUGUCAUGCUCCUGGAUGUCAUUGUUUCUUAAAGGAACUUUGUAUUUUCUAC